AUGGUGGUCCCACGGACUGUCGAAACCGUUCCAAAGAAGGGCGCAAAGAAAGCCUUGCCCAAACCUUCAGGCAAGGCGGGCAAGAAGCGCAAGAGGGCGAGGAAGGAGAGUUAUGCUAUUUACAUCUACAAAGUGAUGAAGCAGGUUCACCCCGACACCGGCAUCUCCUCCAAGGACAUGAGCACCAUGAACUCGUUCGUGAACGACAUUUUAGAGCGCAUCGCGGGCGAGGCUUCCCGCCUGGCCCAUUACAACAAGCGUUCGACCAUCAGCUCCCUGGAGAUCCAGACCUUUGUGCGCCUGCUGAUGACCGGGGAGCUGGCCAAGCACACCGUGUCGGAAGGGACCAAGGCAGUGACCAAGUACACCAGCUCCAAGUGA